CAAACAACCAGACUGCAAGUGGCAACUUCACAAGCACAGGAGAACUGAUUGUUGGUUUCUUCAGUCUAACAGCUUCUUCCAGGUGUAAUGGAUAUGGUAGAUCUCAGCGAUCCACCUGCUGGUUUGGAGAAUGAAUUCCAUACACUGCUAACACCAGAUGCAGUUCAUUUUUUGGUUCAACUCACCUGUGCUUUUGACAAAGAUGUUGAUAAGAUUUUGUGGCAUAGAAUCGCUCGAAAGGUCCAGCUUGAUCUGGAUAAUAGUUAUCCAGAUUUCUCACCAGACACUGCUCAUAUUAGAGAAGAUACUAGCUGGAUGGUAUCUCCUGUCCCAAGAAGGUUGCAGACCAGACAUGUGGAUAUUGGAGACACAGCACCAUGUAAUACUGAACGCUUUAACAGGGCUCUGCUGUCUUCUGCCCAAGGAAUCCAGGUGGAUUUCGAUGAUGGCAAUUGUCCAACAUUUUUCAAUCAAGUCAAGGGAAUAUUUAACGUGUAUCAAGUUGUUCACAGCAAAGUUCCAGGCAUUCCACCUAUUUCCAAAGCCCCUAUAUUAAUGCUUAGACCAAGAGCUUGGAACAUGGUGGAGCAUGAUAUGAUGGUUAAUGGCAGAGAAAUACCAGGCCCCCUUUUUGAUUUUGGGUUAUUGAUGUACCAUGCUGGUAGAAGACUAUAUGAAAAUGAAAGUGGGCCCUUCUUUUAUUUAUCCAAGGUGGAAAGCUUUUUAGAGGCGAGACUUUGGAAUCAAAUCUUUGUGUGGACUGAAGAAAAGCUUAAUUUGCCACUUGGAAGCAUUAAAGCCACAGUUUUAAUUGAGAGUGUAUUGGCAUCGUUUGAGAUGGAAGAGAUCUUAUUUGAGCUCAGAGAUCACUCUGCUGGGUUAAACUGUGGGAUCUGGGAUUAUUCAGCCUCAUUUGUUAGCAAAUUCGGUCACCGUCUUGAGUUCUUGUUACCAGAUCGCAGUAAAUAUGUUAAUAUGGAAAAGUUGUUUCUUAAACGUUAUAUGGAUCUGCUUGUCCAGACGUGUCACAGAAGAGGAGCGCUGGCUACAGGAGGAAUGGCUGCACUGUUGCUACCAGAGGAGCGAAAUAGCAAAGAGUAUCAUAGUGUAGUUGAAGCCGUGAGACGGCUGAAACUGUUUGAAAUCAAUGCUGGAGUAGAUGGAUUCAUGGUGUAUGACAUUGACCUUGUAGCCCCUAUGCAGAAGCUUUUCCAGGAGCACACAGAUGGACCUAACCAGUUGCAUGUUGUGCCAGAGAUAACUGUGACACAGAAGGAUUUGCUCACAAUGCCAUCUGGAGGAGUAACCCUGUAUGGUCUGAAAUAUAAUAUUUCUGUUGGAAUUCUAUUUAUAGAGUCCUGGUUCAAAGGAGAAGGGCAUUUCUUUUACUGUGGAAAGGUAGAAGAUUCAGCUACUGCAGAGAUAUCCCGCUCACAGGUGUGGCAGUGGAUGAGGCACCAAGUUAAGCUGGAGGAUGACAACCGUAUAGUCACCAGAAGCCUGGUUCAUGCUCUAGUACAGGAAGUGGAAGCUCAACUUACUAAUGAAUUGUGCCAUUCCACACAGGAGAAGCAGAGGCUCCAUACAGCUGCUGAAAUCUUUAUGGAGAUAAUUCAAAAGAGAGAUUUUCCUGAUUUUAUCACAACAUACCUGAAUCUGGACCAUUCCUUUCUCAGUGGCAAAUUUUAAAUGAUCAUUUUGUAUGUCAAAUAUCAUCAUAUUUUUCUGAAAGUAAUUAAGUAUUUUGAAAUAGAACCACCAGAGCAUGUAGCAUUAGUAGUAGUACAUUUGAGGGGAAAUGAGUCAGUGAACAAACUUUUGGGUAACUAAAUCCUUAAAAAAAAAUUAGCUGUGUGUCUAUAGACAUAGUCCUUUGGAUAAGCAACUUGAUAAUUUUCUUAAUCCUAUUUAUUGUCAAAUGUAGCAUUUAUAGUUAUAACAUGCAAUCUUAUGCCUAGAGUGAUUAUAUUACUCAAUAUUUGAAGUAUAGGUGGUUUCUUAAUCAUUAUAUAAUGCAUAUCUACUUGAUCAUUACAUUUCACUUCACUACUGCUACAUAUUUAAAAGAACGUUAAACACCUCAUACUUUUGUAUAAAAAUGUGCUUGUCCGAGGUGGGCAUGAGAAAGUAUGACUCCCCAUUGUUCACACCUGGAAUGUGAAUAGCUGAAAUCCUGCAAUAGUAAUGUUCUGCCCAACUGAUAAUGCGGGACACUUCCUUCAUUGCUAAGGAACUGCAUCCUUGAUGAUUGAUGUAAGGCACUACUGUGACAUUGCCUGACUGUAAUAAAACAGAAGAUUCCGGCCUGA